GAGAGUUGAGCCAUUAUGUCUUUCUCUUGUUAUCCAUUGUUCUCUGCUGCUCUCUUUUUUGAGUUUUUUCUGCUUUCUUUCCUGGCCUUAUUACCCUCUUCAGACUGCUUGGUCAAUGUCACCCGAGGCCGCAUUCCACGCGAACUCUCAGUCAACUUCUAUGCCAAAUCCUGCCCUCAGGUUGACCAGAUUGUGGCGUCCGUCACCUCUGAGCAGUUUAGAGAAGCCCCGGUAUCCGCUCCGGCCACCAUCCGCCUCUUCUUCCAUGACUGCUUUGUUGAAGGGUGUGAUGCAUCAAUAUUGAUAUCGACUAGACAAGGAAGCAAAGAUUUAGCUGAAAGGGAUGCGUUGGAUAACAAGGAACUUGCUGUGGAGGCAUUUGAAAGCAUAAACAAGGCCAAGGCACUGGUGGAGAGUAAAUGUCCUGGAGUUGUAUCCUGUGCAGACAUUCUAGCAAUUGCAGCCAGAGAUUUUGUCCACCUUACAGGAGGACCGUAUUAUCAAGUGAAGAAAGGAAGGUGGGAUGGAAAAUUUUCAAUGGCCUCAAGGGUUCCUUCCAACAUUCCUCACUCCAAUUCAACUGUGAAUGAGCUUCUAAGACUCUUCAGCUCAAAAGGGCUAACACUGGAAGACCUAGUUGUCCUCUCAGGUGCACAUACAAUUGGUUUUUCACAUUGCAAGCACUUUGUGGACAGGCUAUAUAACUAUAAGGGUACAAAGCAGCCAGACCCUGCCAUUGAUCCCAGACUCCUGAAGGCCUUAAAGAUGUCAUGCCCACAAUUUGGAGGCAAUACUGAUAUUGUAGCACCUUUUGAUGUUACUACCCCAUUCUCAUUUGAUAACGCUUAUUAUGGAAAUAUUGAAUCUAAAUUAGGCCUUCUAGCCUCUGAUCAAGCCCUGUCUUUGGAUCCAAGAACUAAGCCUUUGGUUCAAGCCCUAGCGAAAGACAAGCAGAAAUUCUUCCUAGCAUUUGCUGCAGCUAUGGACAAAAUGGGCUCAAUUGGUGUGAAGAAGGGACCAAGACACGGGGAGAAAAGAAGAGACUGCAGUAUGCAUAUGUGA